AUGUCAUCAUUCAGUUUCGGCGCCAGUCGCAAGCGCGGCCGCGACGAUGACCUCGCCAUGACCACACCAGGCGCCGGCUUGUUCGUCACGGGCCUGACUCCAACACCGGCACCUGAGACUCCACGUCGUGACCUCAGUCGAGCGCGCAGUCAAAUAUCUGGUAGCUUCAUGGACGAUAUAAGCCUCGUCGACUUUAAUGAGCGUGAGGCGCAAGACGCCGCGAAUGGUGAAGACGAGCAAGAAGAAGAGGAAGAGGAACACAUCUAUUCCCAAGACACGGAAGCGUUCCCAGAGCAUAUCACCUUUGAUAACGAUUUGCCGGAAAUAUAUCGACGUGCGAAGAGACUUGCAACGAAUCUGCAAGCGCAUCUGGAGCCAUUUCAACAGACCUCAGAAGACGUCCAUGUCAUUCAUGGCAGAGCUGUAGCAGCUCAGGCAGCUCCAGAAGUGAAGAAGCCGGAGGUCGGGAUGGUCGGACACACGGGCACUGGGAAAAGCUCCACCACCAAUGCCUUUGUAGACGAUCUGGAGGCCUCCAAGGCGGCUUCCAAUGGAGAUAGCUGUACUGCCGUGGCCACUCACAUGACUGACAGCAUACCUGGUCAGCGACUACCUUAUGCAGCUGAGAUUUACUUUAUCGAUGGUCGCACCUGCCGCAAUUUUCUUUCCGAGCAGGUAGGCCACUUCAUCAGAUUCAAUUUCGAAAAAGACCCACAGUGGUCUGUCGAGGAACAGCAUCUCUACAGCAGUCGCGCAGCUACCGCUCUGAAAGUGUGUCAGUCACUGUUCUGCGAUCAGCAUGGGUUCGACUCACCUGGCGCCAUUGAGUCCUACUUCCGACAGCAUCGAUAUGCAGCGUUGCCUACCUUGGAGUCAUGGUGCGCUCAAUUGCUAGGCCGUUUCGAUGAGCGCGCAGGCCAACAUCUACUUCGCUUCGAGGCAGAAACGGCCGAGCAGCUGAAUAAAGCCAUCAAUCCACACAUUUUCGAGACGAACAAUCCCGAAGAACCCAUGCUUUGGCCUCUCGUCGAGCACGUUUCCAAAGGCUUCCAAAAUUCUCGGAUCCUGAAGUACGUGGAUGUGCUCGACCUUCCAGGCACAACAGACACGAACACAGUUCGCGCUGAAAUAGCCCACAAGUUCAUUACCAAGGCCACCGCACUGUGGACAGUGGGCACGAUCGGGCGGAUCAAUUCAGACGCAGAGGUUGACCUCACAUUGGCCACCUAUGGCAGGAGAUUUGGAAACAAUGUCGCUGUCAUCGCCACUAGAUCUGAUGCGGAUCUCAACCCGCAAGUUGCUCGUGACUUGGAGAAAAAUGGUCAGAGUGUCGGUGAUUACUGGGCUUUGGGAGAUCGCGUGCGCGAACUGAAGGAAGAACUCAGUGCCCAUCGCAGAUCCAGGAAUGCUCCCAAGCGGCAGAGAAUGCCAGUGGACUUUGACGUGAAAGCACACGCUCUUCAAGUGGAGAUUGAUGCAGUCAUGGACGAGCAAUUCGAUGGCUUGGUCGAGGCUCGUAACGCUUACGUCUCAAGAAACCUGAAGCAAGCCAAGCAAAAGCACAUCAUCCCAGGAGCUACGCUCGCAGUGUUCCCGGUGUCUAACACUCACUACGGGGUUCACAAAGGGAACGACGCCUCGGACAAGCGACUAAUGCGUGUUGAGACGACCAACAUUCCUGCCCUUCGAAGUCACGCUCUGUCACUCGCAGCCCCUCUGCAAUUCCAUGCCAUUGAAGUCCGCAUCAACGAGGCGAUCCUAGCACUUCGAGGUGCUAUUAUAUGGGCCGAGUCGCCUCCGACGAAGCGCAAUGAGGACCUCAUGAACAUUGUCGCUCAGCCUGGUCAGUUGCUGCACUCCAUUCUCGAGGAGGGUCGAAACAGCUCCGAACACUACGCCACGGCCCAGCUCAUCACACCGCUGGACAAGGGCCACAGUCAAUUCGUUCUGGCAUCACUCGCUUUCGCACAUCACGUUCAAUCAACAUGGCAUCACUCAUCCGUCCGAGCAUUCUUUGCCAGGAACGGCAAGCACAAAACUACCAAGGCGGGCUACGAAGUCUGGAAUGAACGCUUCACAGACGACCAAGUGAAAGCCCUCCAACCCGGCCUUAACUCAAUGCUACCACAUCUCUUCUCCAUGAUCCAAGCAGCCAUGACCAAACUAAAAGGCUCAAUCCGAGACAUUCCAGACCAACUCGCCAACAACGCCGAAGCCAUACCCGUGGCCAUCGAACCUUUGAGAGAAAAUCUUGAGGGCUUCAUCACUCAAAUCCAACACAGAGUCGACGAACGCAAACAAGAACUGGAGACCAAACUCAAAAAUUUGGCACUUCACGCCACUCAAGACGUACCUUCCGCCUACUUCACCCAAGCCAUGCUUCCAAUGUACGACGAAGCCAAAACCUACCACGGCGACGGCUGUACAGCUCGCAUGCACACACUGCUUGGAGACUGGCUUCAAGGUCUCGGUCCUGCCCCUUGCACACCCUUUUCUGCCGUAUCCGCCGAUCUAAAGCGAGACUUUGAGGAUGCCGCAGAUUGGAUCACGAGGGCAUUGGAGCGAGAUAUCGAGAAGAUUCUAGGAGACAUGACGAAAAUGUUUGAGGGGAUUCUGACACGUCAGGCCGAGAGUCCUCAAGAGAAGCAGGCUCGUGUGGCUUUGGGACCGUUCCUUGCGCAAGUCAAGCCGGAGAUGGAUGCGAUUGUGAAGGAGCUCAUUGCGCUGAAGAUCAGAUACGGGGAGGACUUGUCUGAGGAGGAGAAGAUUUUCCAAGUGUCGCAUUCAGAAGGUCGUGCUCGCCGUCAGACUGAGUGGUUCGGACUCUUUCGAGGACGAUGGUAG